CUAGGGGUCUCCCUUCGAUUCCAGCGCGCACAGCCUUCACCUCUCGCUGGUUUACUGUCCUAGUGAAAUCUCGCGUGUCCGGCCUUCUCUUCCUCUUUCUCACCCAGCUCGGCAAGAUGGCAGUCGGCAAAAAUAAGCGGCUGACUAAAGGUGGCAAAAAAGGUGCCAAGAAGAAGAUGUAAGUAGAAAUACAUGGCGGGCUGGCAGCGUAGGUUCCCGGGGAUGCGAUCACGGUGUCGGUGUUGGUGAGGGGUGCAGGAUGGCUGUGAUAUAGGACGGAUGUUAGGCGGUAGUACCCCGGCUCCAUGAUCUGCAGCCAUGGCUGGUGCGCGCUAUGGUGCGCUGAUACAGCCACAUACAUGGCAUUGCUCAUUGUAUUGCUAUAGGGCCCUGUGUCCCUGCCUCUGGGGGUCCCUGCCCCUGCUGUAUGGCUUGCAGAGGCCCUGGGUAGGAUCAUGUCCCAUGUCUGGGCCUGCUAGGCUGAGCUUACAUUCCCUACACAUGGGCUGCCUGCAUGUGAUCUGUGUCUGUCCUAUACCCUUCCAACGUGUAAUGCAGAGAGUGUCUCUCCUUGGAAGACCUUGUUUGGCAUGUAAAGAAUGGGUUCAUGAUAUUCUAUUUUAGGGAAAAUGUAGCAUUCCUGGUGAGUCCUGUGUUUUUACAACGUGCAUUGCCUUAAGUCUAUUUAAAAAGCGCCAACAAAUUCUGUAGUGCUGUACAAUAUGUGGACAUGUAAUUGCAACAAAACGAGGUGGAUGCUCGGGAACUGAGGGUUGAGAGUGCUGUUUAAUUGUGCUUACAUCAUACAGGGGUAUUCUAGUUUUAGAUUUGUUGGUUAUGUCAAAUGUAAGCUUAUUGAUUUUUAUUUUUUUUUAAUUUUGCUAGAGGUAACUGGGAAACCCUUUUUAUAGCUAGUGGUGUGACAAGUUUACUUGUGUUGUGAGUUAAUGCUGAAUUUGUCUAACUUUGGUUUGAUGGACAGCUGAAAGUUUGUGUGUCAUACAGGCAUUGUUAGUCUUUUGAGCAAUCUAUUCUUAUUUCUUUUUAGUGUUGACCCGUUCUCCAAAAAAGAUUGGUAUGAUGUUAAGGCACCAGCAAUGUUCAACAUUCGUAACCUGGGGAAGACUCUGGUCACCAGAACACAGGGAACCAGUAAGUACCACUUGUUUAUAUCCUUAAGUAAACUGCUAGGACUAACUGAGCAGGCCAUUACAUUUGUUACUCUAAUUUUAUUAAUGAGUAAUAAGUUGGUGCCCUAUGAUAUAUCCCUUUUCAUUUUUGCAAAAUGCUUGACAAGCUAAUCUUUGCAUUUUUAUGUUCGCAUAUCCUAAAGUUUUUUUUGUUUUUCUUUUGAUUUCAAACACCAUGAAUACUAUUAAAACUACUGCUAAAAGCAAACUUGCAUUACAACCAGUAGUUAUGGUUUGGUCUCUGAGAGAAAUUGACUUUUCAUGCUCCUAUUUUGCCUCUUACUAUCUAGUUUACAUCGUGCUGCUCAUCGCUCUCACAGAACCAGCAAGAAUAUUUUUAAAGACAUGCUACCUUCAUAAUCCUUGUUAAAUCUGUACAGGAGACGUUUAAACACUGUUUUGUUUUUCGUUUUUACUCUAUUGACAGUAAAUAUGUGUAUUUGUGUGAAUUAUUCAAAAAUAUUUCUCUCCACCAAUGCAGAUAAUAGUAGUAUGUUCUCAAUAAAUUAUUAGUCUAUUGAAUUAUUUUUAAUUUCUUCUGCUGCAUAUUUGGAAUAGCUUUAUUCCUUACGAUUUCCAUCCAUUUAAACAGAAAUUGCCUCUGAUGGGCUCAAGGGUCGUGUCUUUGAGGUGAGCCUUGCUGACCUGCAAAAUGAUGAAGUGGCUUUCCGUAAAUUCAAGCUGAUUACUGAAGAUGUCCAGGGCAAGAACUGUCUAACCAACUUCCAUGGCAUGGAUCUGACCCGUGACAAAAUGUGCUCCAUGGUCAAGAAGUGGCAGGUAGGACCUUGUCUUCAUUCUCUUAUGUGCAUCUUGCAGCAGGUUAUUGUAAGGCACUACUCCUGAUUAAAGCAAUGACUGGCAAAUUGUACUACAGUUACAGAAUGUGCACUGAAUCCUAGCGAACAAGAGCAUUCUUAAUUCCACAUUUGCAUGUAUUUCCUCCCCCCCAACCCCAUGCAGCAUGUAUAUACCACUUUAUUGAGCAAUAUAGACUGCCAAAAUAAAGGAGUGUCUAAUACUGUAAAACGUUUGCAUCCAUUUGCAAUCCUGAUCAGUGCAUGGUGUAAAAUUACUUGUCCCCAGACAACUUAUAUUGGGCUUACUUGCAAUCUUGUAUUGUGUGAAUGCUCACUAUUUGUUAUUGACUAGCAUGGUGUAAAGUGUAUGUAUUACCUCAUAUGCAUGCGAAAAGCAGUUUCUUUGACUCUCCAUGUGCUUGAUACUGCAUCUACUCAUGCCUACUCUCAAUGGGAUAAGUUUGUGUAUGUGUCUUGGUGUGCCUGAAUUCACUGAUUUAUAUAUGAGUAUAGUGAUUCUUUGGAGGGCUACCACCCCCUUCUAGUUAAACUUUAAAUCUCUAGAUCUUAGAGGUAUUUUCACUAAAUGGCAAAAUUCUGACUAGAAAGGUGGAAGAAUUUCGUCAGAUUUUUGCCGUUUGGAUUUUAAUGAAUAACACAUUUAGAGUAAAUAUCUUUCUCUGUGGUGAAACAUGACAAGAUAUUGGUCGUAUAUGACCUAUUGUGAUUAUGGUUUGAUAUUUCUCUGACUUUCCCUAUUCUGAGAAUUCUAAUAUUCAGUGUUUAUUCUUGUAGUUCAGUUGAUUUCCUUAGUCUACCCAUUUCUUUCCAUGGGAAUGUGUUUAACAUAUGAUUUUAUGCUCUUCAUAUUGCUAACCUAGUUUAUGUCCCAAUUUUCUUUUUAUUUGGGGAGAAGUGGGUGCAGGGGGUGUACAGCUUUCUCAUUGAAGUGAUUAUAGUGCCUGAAGUAAGCUGGCACACUCCGUCCAUUAAAUAAACCGUUUAAAUGCUAAACAAGAGUCCCUGCAUCCUGUCCCCAUUUUUGUUGAUUGGGCUAACACAGCAUUAGCCUGAGUAGCAAUGAUUGGCUGUCAGCUGACUACCAUUGCGCCUAAGAAUCGUUAUUUCUACGUGAAGUGUGUAAGUUCUGCUUUAGCCAGACCUCCAGUGGGGGUCAUGGUGUGGAAAACCAUGGAUCUCCGGUGUUAAACUACUUGAAAGCUGUUUAACGCUGAAUGGAGUAACAGUACCAGGGCACUAAUACCACUUCACUGAGAUUAAAUGGUUCGUGGCUACAGUGUCCUUAAAGGCACACUGCAAAACUAGCUUGCUUAAAGUUUUUGUGUGGAUCAUGUCCCUGCAGUCUCACUGCUCAAUUCUCUGCCACUUAGGAGUUAAAUCACUUUGUUUAUGCAGUCCUAGCCACACACCUCUGCAUGUGACUUACACAGCAAUGCUAAACAUGUCCUGUAAAGUAAUAUCUAAUGUUUACACUUUUAUUAAUGCAAAUUCUGAAUUGAGCAGUGAAGCUUCAGAGGCAUGAUCUAUACAAAAAACUGCGUCAUUAGCUAAAGUUGUAUUUGUGCCUAUAGUGUCCCUCUAAAGUUUAGAAUCUCCUGCAUUCAAGGAGUAUAGUGUAAACUAGUUACAUUGAGCAUGGCUUCUGAUUUAAAGAAAAUAAGGGGGGAUGUGAGGGGGGCUGUGUUGCUCUAUUGUUGCAUGACCCUGAGAUGUGAUAGACAUAUUAAUACACAGUGAUCUACUGUGGAGGUGUGCUUUUAGCUAGUACAGAUCGGCACAACCUCAUACUGCUGGCUGAGGUUUUUAAAGGAACACUCCAAGCACCAUGACCACUACGGCCCACCGUUUGGCAUGGUUUGACAAACUCCUGGAUUUCCUGUGGCGUCUGCGUCACACGCAGACUUCUCCUGCCUGGAGAACCUGAUUCUCCUGCAGGAUGUAGGAUAUGGUGCCUGGCGGGAAACAUGUAAGCUGUACCACUGUACUAAAAUGGUUAGACUACUUAAAGUGGGUUUAUUAUGGUGCUUGGAGUGUUCCUCUAAUUCUGGAGUCUCCAAGAACCAGAAGACCCCAACCACCACCACCUUCAAGUCUGUUUUUGAAAUUGAGCCUUUGAAUUCUGUCUAAGGCUGCCUUUUCUGUCUCCAUUUGUUGUAGUUGCAGCAUGUGAGAAAGAAAUGGAGACUUAGCUGGCUGUGUUAAGUGCAGAAUGGCACAUAACCUAGUACUGGUUUUGCUGUGAUGUCCACCUAUAUUAUAAUAUAUUGUAUAACAUACUAAUGUUACAAUGUGGAUAUAGUGUAGAGCAAUACUUUUUUUUUUUUUGGUACCCAGUAUUUCCUGGACACCUGUAACUUUGUAUUCAACAUAGCAGCAUGUGAUUUAUCAAGCCUUCUGUGCUUUGUACCUCACAAUACAUAAACAACUUGCCAUUAUCCAUAUCUGCUAUUGAUAUAUAUAUAUAGUUUGCACAGUAGGCACCCAGACCACCUUAGCUCAUUGAAGUUGCUUGGGUACAGUGUCCCUAGAAUGUUAACAUUGCAGCACUAAGUUAGACUCUACCAGAGGAGGGCUUCAUGAUUUGAAAAGGGACCUUUGGUCCAGUAUCUGACGCUGUACGUCCUCGUGCUAUGCAUGAGCACAUCCGGCAUCAGGCUUUUUUUUUUUUUUUUGUGUGUAGGAAUGCAUUGAUAUAAUUCUUUCCUACGGGAUGAUCUAAUGCCUGCGUGGUAUUUGAGCGCAAACACAUUAGAGCAUGCUGAGGAGGAGCUUUGCCCCAGCGUCGAGGGACAAGGUAAGUAAAUAUAUAAUUAUAUUUUGAAAUAUGGAUGCUGCGUGGUAUUUAAACUAAUUAACUUAAAACACAACACCCAUAUCACACAUCCAUUCCACUUAAAGGGACUCUUCAGUGCCAGGAAAACAUAUCCGACUAAAACCCCAUCAGUGACUUACCUGAAUCCUUCUGCACUGGGUCAGGCUUCGCCCAUGCUCCUCCCCCGCCACCGUCACCUGGCGGGGAGACCCAAGGCGCAUCCGCACAAUGGUCGCAUGCGUGCAUUAGACCUCCCCAAAGGAAAGCAUUAUUUAAUGCUUUCCUAUGGGGAUUCCAGCAACGCUGGAGGUCCUCAUGCAUAGCGUGAGGACGCCCAGCGUCAUUAAAAACACUUUUUGUGUUCUAAGCCACUAGAGGAAGACUUAACCCUGCAAGGUAACUGCAAUAAUUACACUUGCAGGGUUAACGGUGGUGGGAGUUUUGGCACCCAGAACACUCCAAUGGCCGGAAGUGAUCUGGGUGCCUGGAGUGUCCCUUUAAUGUGCCAUCCCUGAAGGUACAACACUUGCAAAAGGCCUCCAUUGCAUACAUCACUCAUUUCUCUGCAGCAAUAGACCUAGCACAAAUUAUGUCCCUCUGUUUUUUUUUUGUUUUUUUUUCACCUUCCUGUCACUGACUCUUAUGUCUAAAGGUCUUUAGAAUUGUACAGUAAACUUGCAAGAUGCAAUUCUGGAUCCUGUGACAUGAUUCCUUGUGUUAACGUUUAGUUUUGCUUUUAGCUCUGUGAGCCACAAAGUCUGCUUGCACCGAAUCUGGCAUCAACGCGCUCCAUAGACAUUUUUGGACAAUGGAAACACUGUUAUCUUAUAAACUCUUGAGUUGUUAGGAAUUACUAUUGCAAAUGUGCAAUAGUAACACUUCCAGUUCCAUGGUUAAUUCCAGGUAAUUAAAUUUUAGGAAAUAAUCGUGAUGCUUAUCCUCUAGUGAGUGGUUAUACAACUCUUUGCUUUGUAACUUUGCAUACUGUAGGAGACAUGUUGCAUUCUGGGAAAUGUACCACUAGCAGUUUGAUUCCCAGAAAUCUCCUGGUGUUUUCUUAUUUGAGUCAGGGGGAGAGGUGCAUGCAUUUGCAGUGGCUUCUGUUUUACUUUUAAAUAAAAAAAACUUUCGUAAGUGUAUGUUUGGCAUUUGUUACAAACUAAACAAUGCCUGUGUAUUCUGUAAUUGUUCCAUUCAAUGCAAUAUGAACCCUGCCUGCCAGUUCCUGUAACAUGCCUUUUACAAAAACUGCAGUGCGAAGUCUGUAUGCUUCUAAGGAAAAUCUUUAUUUAGGCACAAAUGGCGAAACACAUAUCCAAGUUUUCACAUUUGUGUUUUACUUUUGUUAUACAGCAGAAAUACAAUACGUACAAAUAUGCACUUAUCCAUGCGGGGUCUCAUCCAGGCCAGAAUUUUUAAUGUCCAGGACCGGCCCUGAGUUUCCAUAAACCCCUCCAUGUAAUCCUGUCCUUGUAUAGCUGUUAGACUAGUACAGGGGUAGGCAACCUAUGUCACUCAAGGUGCCAUGCACGUCACUCAAGGUGCCAUGCACGUCACUCAAGGUGCCAUGCACGUCACUCAAGGUGCCAUGCACGUCACUCAAGGUGCCAUGCACGUCACUCAAGGUGCCAUGCACGUCACUCAAGGUGCCAUGCACGUCACUCAAGGUGCCAUGCACGUCACUCAAGGUGCCCUGCACGUCACUCAAGGUGCCCUGCACGUCACUCAAGGUGCCCUGCACGUCACUCAAGGUGCCCUGCACGUCACUCAAGGUGCCCUGCACGUCACUCAAGGUGCCCUGCACGUCACUCAAGGUGCCCAUGCACGUCACUCAAGGUGCCCAUGCACGUCACUCAAGGUGCCCAUGCACGUCACUCAAGGUGCCCAUGCACGUCACUCAAGGUGCCCAUGCACGUCACUCAAGGUGCCCAUGCACGUCACUCAAGGUGCCCAUGCACGUCACUCAAGGUGCCCAUGCACGUCACUCAAGGCUGCUAGAGCCAGAGAGGCUCUGGCCUAUCAAGAGUCCCAGUGAAACUUGUGAUAUCUGCUAAUACGAAGAGGUGGUGAAGGACAAUCCUCAAUUUAUGCAUUGCAGCACAUAGAGGAAGUGAUCUCAGAUCACUUCCUCCCAGCACUUGUGAAUGGGAAUCCACACUGUAGUAGAGCAGCUGCUAUUGCAGCUCCUGUCCUUGACCUGUGCCUGGUCCCCACUGGAACCCAGGGAGCCACCCACACUGCUAGAUAUACACAGAAAUGCAGAAUAACUCUCCCCUCACAAAUAAUACGAACAGCCUACACACAAUCCCCACAAACGCAACACCACUAACAAGCCACAUACAUGCACACAACGCCACAUGCAGCCUCUCACAUGCAAUAACCCAAACAGCCCCCACACACUACCAAACACACAGUGACAUAUCCAUCCACACACAAUUCCACAAGCAGCCCUCAUACACAGCCCACAUUCAUAUGUAUCAUACACGAUACCAUAAACUACUAAUGAACAUAUACAAUAUAAUAGCUCAUAUACGCACAAAUACGAUACAAAGCAAUUACAGUAAAAAUAACACAAGCAGAAUACGGCCCCAUAUACACCUAAAUUUAAAAAAAAAAAAAUAGGAUUGGACAUCACAAUCCUAUAUCUGCACAGUACAGCUAAAAGGUUGCCUACCCCUGGACUAGUAGGCUGACAUGGAUGCCUGCAAUACUAACGUACGUGUUCAAAAUAUAAAUCUUCUAAAACACUUUAAAUGUAGAUUUUGCUUUUAAUCUGGCAUUUACAAAAUUGUCAAGGCAAAAACUUCCAUGCUCUGCCAUUUUGAAGCAAUCCCUAUCUUGCAGUCACGGAUAACCGUUUCAACAACUUCCUGCCCUGUUUUUACCGUCUAUAUUUUAAAUACAGGGAGUUUGGAUGUCAGAUGUAUUUUACUGUUUUGUCUUUAAAACUUUUAAGCUUUUAUGUAAUUCUGCAAAUUAUUUUGUCCUUGUAGACAAUGAUUGAGGCCCAUGUUGAUGUGAAGACCACAGAUGGCUAUCUGCUCCGCCUGUUCUGUGUGGGAUUUACCAAAAAGCGUAAUAAUCAGAUCAGGAAGACAUCCUAUGCCCAACAUCAGCAGGUCCGUCAGAUCCGCAAGAAGAUGAUGGAAAUCAUGACUCGUGAAGUGCAGAUAAAUGACCUGAAGGAAGUUGUUAACAAACUGUAAGUUUUCUUAGAAGUGAUUUUGUGUUUUUAGUUAUUUUGUUCUGAAGGGGAAGAAUGAUGACGAAGAUUCGGUCCCAUAUGAACGAACGUGAUUAUGGUUUGAGAUCAUUCUGAUUUUUUUCCAUGAUCAUUUUAGUUUCUUCAUCUUGGUUGACUAUUCCCAUAGACUCUGACUUAGUCUCUUCCUUGUGUAUAAAUGUCAGGUGACCAGGAUUUCUGUCACAAAAAGUCCCGCUUAUUUGUCCUUAGCCUUAUUUAUGUGUCUUACGACAUUUCACCUAUUAAAAAAAAUGCUUUUCCUUACGUCAGUGAAAACUAUGUAGUCCGGGCACUCAGGGUCUUUAUAAAGCAGCAGAUUUAUUAGAAAAACAUUGCAGUUUCUGUCCCCAAUGGGAUCUUUGUCAGUCUGACAAAGAUCCCAUUGUGGACUGAAACACUGCUGUUUCUGCAAGCCCUAGGUAUAGUGAUGAGUGCGGAUCCCUCCCUUGUUUGCCUUAGAUCAGGUGAUGGUUCUGUAAAUGAGCCACAGCAAAAGUUACUUCCAGAUUCCAGAUUUGGAUAAUUCGAGAGAUGGGAAAUUAUUCCAUUAGCUAUAGCUGUAUAAAAUUAUGCAGGCAUUUAUAUUUGUCACUAAUUACUUAGGACAAUCAUUUUCUUUGCAGAACAGUUCAAUUUUGCUUUCACCUUGAUCCUGCUAUGGUGGUGUCUGACUUACUGAUUUAUUCUUAUUAAAUACUCACAGGAUUCCAGACAGCAUAGGCAAAGACAUUGAAAAGGCCUGCCAGUCAAUCUAUCCUCUACAUGAUGUCUAUGUACGCAAAGUGAAGAUGCUGAAAAAGCCCAAGUUUGAGCGUAAGUUCCUUUUUUUUUUUUUUAAGUUAUUUUUCACCUCCGUAAUGUGGAAAUAUUUUCCGCUGGUUAACAUAUAUUCAGAUUUUCAUUCCUUGAACUAUGCUUUACUCCCCUCCAUGCGAGAUACAACAAUUGACACUCUUACAAUUCUAAAAUGGUUGUAACAUAGACUAGAUUAGAUUUCUUAGAUGUCUGCAUUCAGUUUCUCUGGCCUUAGUGCCAUAUCAUCUAUCACUAAUGUAUAUCAUGGUUUCUCUUUUAGUGGGCAAACUAAUGGAACUGCAUGGAGAAGGUGGUAGUGCUGGCAAACCUGCUGGCGAUGAGACUGGCGCUAAAGUGGAGCGGGCUGAUGGUUAUGAACCCCCAGUACAGGAAUCUGUCUAAAAUGGUUAAACUGAAUUUGGCCCUGUAAAAUAAACACAUGUUCAUAAAAUGUUCCUGUGUUAGUUUUUUUUUUUUUGGGCGGGGGGGAGU